AUGGAGGAUCUGGCCGACGAGCUCCCAGAAUCUUCCCCACGCUUCAUUCUUUUGAGUUAUCCCUUGACCUUGGGUUCCGGUCGCCUGACGGUCCCUUACGUCCUACUCUACUACCUUCCCGAAAAUUGCAAUCCAUCCAUGCGAAUGACAUAUGCCGGUGCUGUGGAGCUGAUGCGCAAUACGGCAGAAGUCAACCGCGUGAUCGAAGUUCAGGAUGAGGACGAUAUACUCUCCAUCGAAUCGAAGCUUCAGGGGUCGGAUUAA